AUGGGCCCACCAUACCUGCCGCCAGGAUCACCGGCCUACAGCGUGUACUUCGCAAACCCGGCGAAUCGCCACCCGCCGUCUGCCAAUCCCACUUUUAUCCCACCUGCACCCCAGCCUCAGAUCUACGUGGGAAAGAGCUCAACGCAUCCACCUUCUACCCCCCCUCCCUAUACCCCACCCCAGCCCCAGAUCUAUACGGGAAAAAGCGCCCCAACGACGUCUGACAUCGACCCCCGCCCAGUCCACCAAGGCGGCAUGAGCACGUACGACCAGCCCGGCCUGGCAAACUGGGUAGCAGCCAACUCUUUUCCCGACCAUCCGGGACCUACAGAUCGGCAUGGGCCGACAGCAACGGCACACCAUCAUCAUCAGUCCAGACCUGCUGUACAACAAUCCAAAACGACGACGCACGAUCAUCAUCAUCGUCUGGAAUCUAGGCAUGGGCCGACCGCGACGACGAAACCUCAUCACUCGACCACCACUGCAAUGCCGAAACCGCGCUCUUGCCUCAAGAAAGGUGUGCAGUUCACUCCGAGCGUGCAGGCUCGUGAUGAGAGAAAACAGGAGGGGAAGAAUAGGACGAAAUCCAACGGGACGAGAGUAAAACGCAUGGCCUGCAAAUACUGUCAUGUGAAAGCGGUGGGUUGGACUGUGGAUGACGAGGGGUAUUGCGAUGGAUGCUAUAGAGACUCAAGGGAGCGGCGGUAA